UCAAUUCGAGAGCUGCGAAGAGUACGCUCGCGUCUAUUACGUGGUGUGUUUAUAGUGAGGAGUGGAUUUUGUGAUGAGAUUAUCGAAUAUCGUGAAGUGAAAGAUAGUGUUGUUAUACCAAGAGGUGAAACUGAUGUGGUUAAAACAUUUUCUAAUGUGUAUUUAAGUGAAUAAUAAAAAUGUGUAAAGCACCGUCGAGUGCAAAAUUGAUUUUUGCCACGUAGUGACGCGAACGGGUAAUGAUUCCUAAUGUGGAGUUCGAAGCAAGAUGGUUAGAGAGACUCGGCAUCUGUGGGUUGGAAAUUUACCCGAUAACAUUCGUGAAGAUCGAAUAAGGGAGCACUUCAAACGCUAUGGCCGAGUCCAGAAUGUCAAGUUGUUGGGUCGGACGGAGAGCACGAACGCGCCUACGACCACAGGCGCGGCCAGUGGAGUUUGCGCUACUGUCGCCUUCAUGGACAUCAAGUCCGCAUCGAAGGCGCACAACGCAGAACACGUACUGGAUGAGCGAACUCUCACCACCGAAUAUUAUGAGCCGGCUGCGAUACCAUCGGCUGCAGGAGCACCUUCGGCCGGUUCGUCACCGGCUGGCUCCGGCUACUCCGGCUCUUCGUCCUCCGUGAACUCGGCCCCCGCUCCUGCACCCACCCCCCGGUACCACCUCUCAGGGGGAGAAGAGGUUACCGGCACGUGCGCGCUGGCGGCAACGGCAGCAGCGCCAGCCAACUGGCGUGGCACCAAUGACAGCGCCUCCGAGUUCUGCCGUCGCGGUAACACUCCCGCCACCUUCGGCCGCUAUCAGCGGAAUAAUUCCACCGCACCCUACUCCACGCCGCCCUCCAAUGUGGAACGGUCGACUCCUCAUCAUCGAUGGUACGCGAGUGGGGAACGAGAACGUGGUGCGACAGGUGGCGAGAGCACGCCGAGCACACCGGGUGGAGGCACCGAGGGCGGUGGUGGGCGGCGACGGCGGCGCUCGGGCUCGGGCUCGUCGCGAUCGGACUCCAGUUCUCCGGAGCCGAGCGACGGCUCGCGCGCCUCCAGUCCACGCCCCGGGCACCUGGCGCGUACGCCGCCUGCGCCGCAGUCUGCCAACGCCUUAGCCCACCAUAAUCACCACCAGUGGUCGUCGACGGCCAGCGGCCGACCAUUGGCCAUCUGCGUCCGAAACCUGCCCACUCGUUCGACCGACAGCUCCUUGAAAGAUGGUCUCUAUCACGAGUAUAAGAAACAUGGCAAAGUCGUGUGGGUCAAGGUGGUCGGGCAGAAUGCCGACCGGUACGCUGUGGUCCGAUUUAAGAAGCCGUCCGACGUAGAGAAAGCUUUGGAAGUGUCUCAAGAUAAGCUUUUUUUCGGUUGCAAGAUCUCAGUGGCACCUCACCAAAGUUGCGAUGAAGAUGCGGAUUCCGCUAAACCUUACGAGACUGAUAUCGACGAGUACCAUCCGAAGGUAUGGCAUGCUACCAAAACCUUAUUUAUCGGAAACCUAGAGAAAGACGUUACGCAGCAGCAACUGAGGGAUAAAUUUAAACAUUUUGGGCGAAUAAUAGAAAUCGACAUCAAGAAAGGCAGUGGCGGCGGAGCGGGUUACGCAUUCUGCCAGUACGCGGCGAUAUCUAGCGUGGUGGAGGCUAUCCGGACCAUGGAUGGAGAGUACGUGGGCGCGUCACGCGUGAAGUUGGGCUUCGGUAAGCCGGUGGCCACAACGUGCGUGUGGGUUGAUGGACUCACGGAACACACGGAGAAGCAGGUGCUGAGUUGCGUAUCGCGCUGUGGUGGUGCUACAUCGGUGUGCGUAGACCGCGCUGCAGGCGCGGCGCUGGUACACUUCGAGCAGGCCAUUGCGGCGGGCGCGGCGGUGCGUGAGCUGCGCCGCGUUGCUGCGCACGUCUCCGCUGCCGAGCCCGACCGCCCUCGUCUCGCCGUCGACUACGCGUCGCGCGAGUGCCAGGAGGCCUUUUAUGAGCAAUUAGAAAAGCACGGUGGUUCAGCUGCGUUAACGGGAUCUGAGAGAUUAGCUGGUGAAGUUGGGCCGCGAUACGCGCCGGCGCGACACGAGUCUAUUCGGUUUGAUGGUUGUGCUUCUACUCGGUCGCGAGGGACUAGCUACACUCGUGGAUGUUCACGUACUCCGCGGUACCCUUCGCUCGAGCAUUUUGAUCCAGCGGAAUAUCCGGCGGAUCGACGAUACAGGGUAUAUGAUGAAUUAGGUUCCAGUCCGCAAACCGAAGAGGCGUCUUACGAUGACAGGUUGCAGUCUGUUGUAGUAUCGCCACACCGCGCAAGAAAGCAUCGCCGAGACUCCAGUCCAGAAGACCGUAAACACUCCAAGGAGAGACAUAGGGGGACUAGCGGAACAGGAGGCAGAAGAUCACGGUCAGGAUCGCGAGGCGGUGAACGCCACGCAGGAAGACGGAGACAUCGUCGGCGAAGGGAUGGUUCGGGUUCACGAGGUUCACGAGCAGGAACACCUCUACGCGAUGAGCUUGAUGCGCCGCCAACGGAGCCACGACGACCACCUCGUGAACGUCCGCCGCUGCCCAUGAGUUUGCCGCUGCCCAAGUUUGCGGCGCAGUUACUUCGCAGUGCUGCGGCGGCCCCGCGUCAAUCUACUGCACCGGCGUCGGCGCCUGAUUCACCGCCACGUCCACCUUCGGCGUCAUCAUCGAGUGCCGGAUCUGCGCCACAUUCCCCGUCCUUGGAGGAGCGUAUUCGUAGCCUGGACGAAAAAUACGAAAAGUGGAGUGGUUCACGUGCCCAGCAAGAUGCGCCUGAUCGAGCGCGCCUCCGUCAUCGUCUGCUUGAAGUUGACAUAAACGAGGUGAAACCAUCGGAUGUGGUGCGCUCUUUGUUGGCCAAACGAUCCGUUUUCGACGAAGACUCCGAAAGGUUGGAAGGUGCCACUCGAGCGCCCAGUCCAUCGGGCAGUCCUCGGGGGCGGCCACCGCCUUCCGUACCACGAGCCUUACGCUAUCCGUUUCCGGCACACCCGUCACCGCACAGUUCUCCUGCGACACCCUCUACGCCCGCUACGCCGCUUACGCCAGCUACACCGACUUCGUGUAGCACGAUCGGGCCUGGAUCGCACUCAUCCCAGGAGCAUGAUUCGGAAGUGUCCGAUCGGCCAGUCGAUCCACGUCUAAAUAGACCCGAAAGAACAUUUCAACUGGAGAGGUUAGGGAAGAUUUCUGAGAGCGACUAUAGACCCGAGUCAAAGAUCCGUCUGAGGACACCCUCGACGGAUAAAUCGCAGCCUGAUUCGAGUGAACGUCGCCAAUCUACGGGAGGGGAACACGAAAGGCCGGAAAAACUAGAAUUAGAACGUGAUCCACGACGGGGACUGGAAAGAAGAAGGAGAAAUUCUCUCUACGGUUCACGGGAAGGGGACAGUAGAUUACCUCUGAACUCUGAAGACAGAGAUAUCAAAGAGGCCAUCGAAAGGAUCAAUCCAGACUAUCAAACUCCAGAAAGAACCAGUACUUGCGAUCAAGAGAAGAGAAAAAGCGAAGAAAAUUCCAGUGACAAACCACUUUCUAUUUUCGCUGAAAAUACAGACAUUAGUAAAGAGGGUGAAAAUAAAAACAUAGAAAGGAUCAUUACAGGUAAACAAAUUGAAUCUUCUCGAGAAAUGGAAGAACCUAUACCGAAUAAAGUUGGAAUAGAAAACAUCGCCGAAAAAGAUUACGAACAGCGUCUCGGUCAAAGUGAUAAUAAAUUUUUGAGAUGCGAAAGUACUAAAACAGAUUUGACAAACAGUGAUCAAAAUUUACAUCCCCUCAUCCAAAAUGAUUUGGAUAAAAUUGAACUUCCUCCAGAAAAAGAUGACAAAUGCAAAGACAUUUUAAUGCAAAAUCACAUCAAUAAAGAAUUACAUGAAUUCGAAGUGCAGCAUAGUCAUUUGAAUAUAAUGAAUACUAGCAAACCCACUAAAGAACUUGCCGAAUUACCUCAAGAAUUUGUUAAAACUAAUGAUAAAAAUGGAAAAGAGAGAUAUGAUCAGAAUGUUAUAGUAGAGAACUUUCACGACAAUAAAUCUGAAAAAGAGAACAUUGAAUUUGACAAGACAACUGAAAAAGAUAAAUCCAUUUUUUUGGGGGAAAAGAAAAACUCAGAAUCGGAAAAGCAUUUCGAAGAUCGUGUGAAACAUGAUAGAGACAAAGCAAAGCACAGCAAAGAAAAACACGAACAGGAUAAAGAGAAAUCGAAAAAUCAUAGAAAUGAUAGACUAUCUGAGAAGACUGAAAAAGAAAAGAAAUCUAAAGAAGACGUAGAGAAGACCCAUGUAGAUAAGGCAGAGAGAAGUAAAGAUACAGAUAAAUUGAAACACGAAGAAAAAUCGUCGCGUCAUGAACACCACAAAAAAGAUAAGAGAAAAGAUAGUUCUGAAAGUGAUAGCACGAAAACAAAAAAAGAUGAGAAGCAUAAGCAUGAGAAGACUAAGAAAGAUUGUGAAUCCAAGCGGGAGAACAAAAAAGAUAACGAUUCCUUCAAAAACCGCAAAUCUUCCAGGGAUGAGCCUUCAAAAGAUUUAUGUCGAAAAGAUUCAACAGAUUCUUCAACUUCUAGAGCUUCAUACGAUUCAUCGAAAUUAAAAGAGCUAGACCAGACAGAAAUUAAAGAAGAACCAAAACCAAAGCUUAAAUACUUCGAUUUAUUCGCUAAUCAUGAGAAAGACAUCGACAAAGAAUUCUUUAAAACUUCUGAUCUCGAGAAAACGGACAGCUUAUUUAAAAUUAAAUCUGAAAUUAAAGAAGAGCCUAGUGAACACAGCAAAAACAAAUUAGAUACUGCUGUAGAGACUACAUUCAAGUGUAAACCCGAAGUUAUUGAAAAACAAAGACACUACUCAUUGGAUUCUCCCAGCCUGGAGGGUAAACGAAAAGAGCGAUUAAAUUCCUGUUCAAGUCUUCCCUCUAACAUUGGCCACAAGAGAAGAAUGUCGUCCCAAGAAAGCGUGGAUACUUUCCAUGAAGAAAUUAAGAAAAGUAAAAGUGAUUCUAAAUGUCCAGAACGAAGAGAUUCUAAAGAUUCCAGAAGUUCUGAUAAACAGAAAACUACCAAAUUUAAUAAAGGUCAUUUUGCUAAGAUAAUAGAAAGCAAAACAAAAGAUGACAAGAAAAGCCAAGUAAAACCUCCGGAUGAUAUAUUCCCUGAAACGAAAGAUCAGGACUGCAAAGAUCAAAGAAAAUCGUCUAAAAAGAAUUCACCUGUGGACAACGAAGAACGACCUAUGCCAAAUAAUGAUUUGCAGCCCGAAAGACUACAACACGAUUUAGAUUUCCUUGCUACUUUGGAAUUGCGGUCAAGUGAAGAAGACGAAAGACAGAAAGCACUUAGGAAAGAAAUGAAAGAAAAAAAGCGUAUCCAACAAUUGCAACAAAUACAAGAACUUCAAAUGCAACAGGAUGCAUUACAUCAAGCUGAAUUGAUGGGUAAACUAAAAGAUGAUAAGAAACAAAAAUCUGAUGAAAAGAAAAAGGAAGCUGCACGUGAGAAGCGUAUGUCAACUGACCGCAAAAGUAGAGAAGACAGGAGUGACAGUGGCAAACGCAAAAAUCGUAAACAACUUCAGAGUACAGACAGUUCUGACUCUGAUGAGCCGAAGAAACACUCCAUUUUUGAUAUUAUUGAUGAUGAACCAACCUACAUCUCUAUGUACGAUAAAGUUAAGGCUCGUUCAUGUAAAAAUAUGCAGAAGCAAGAAGAAGAAAAACGACAAGAAAAAAUUAAAGCCAAAUUUAGUCAGUUAAAGCAAAGUCGAGCCAAACGGGAAGAAAAGAAAAGGUCUAGUUGGGAUGAAGACAGUGAUUCAGAUCAUGAAAGAAGAAAACCUCAAAAAUUAUCAAUGGACAGUUCGUCAGACGACGAUCACGCCGUGACCAACAAUAAAAAACGUGAAAAAAUACAUAGAACCUCUCUGGAUUAUGAUCGCUGCAAAACAAAUGAUUAUUUCAGUACACCGAGUAACGAAGAAGACUCUCGCAAUAAAUUGUCUCGAAAGAACUCUAGAACUCGUAUAAUAUCUGACACAUCUGAUGACGAAACAUCAAAGAGAAGCAUUAGCAAGAGUCCAAAUAGAAAAGAAUUCAUGUCAGAAUUUGAGUCACUACAAAGAAUUAGAGACGACGCCUCUACCAACGACACAAGUGAUAAAAUAAAGAAAAACUCUUUAUUAAAUUUGUUUGGUAAGAGUGAUAGUGAAGAUAGUAAACUGAAAAACUCUGAAGUCAAUGAUAAUAGACCCAGCUUUAUGAAGUCACUAACGGGUGAUUUUUCAUCAGAAAGUGAAUCUGCAGUAUCCAAUAGGAAUUCUGGAGAAUUAAGAAAGAAGCACAAAAAGAAACAGAAGAAACACAAAUGUACGUAUUCUGAUGAUGAAACUAAGAUCGAAAGUAGUGAUGCGAUAGCUGUGGAAGGUGAAACUAAGCAUAAACAUUCAGAUAAGUUACGUCGUCAUGGAACUAAAAAAGAAAAGCGAAAGGAGAAGAUUCGCGACAGUUUUGAAGCGGACGAAAGCCGCGAAACCAAGCAUAAAAAAGAUAAGAAGUCAAACAACUGUUUUGAUUCUGCUAUGGAAAUUAGUAUCAACAUUAAAAAAGAUGGAAAAAUGGAGGACAUAUUCGGCCCAUUAUCUGAUGAAUCUGACAAAGACACAACUAGAUUAGAUUAUUCAAACCACGGUUAUGAUUCUGCAGUUAGUUUAACAAAUGAUCAAUCAAAUUCCAUAAUUAAUGAAGAUUCGAAAAGCAAAGACAAAGAAGACAGCAAACGUAAGAGAGAUAAAAAGCGGAAAGAAAAAAGACCUACUUAUGUAAAAGACGAUGAUAACAGUUUGGACGUAGACGCCGUUGGCAAAGCCAUCGAAGCACGCCUCUUCGCUGAUUCUGUCGAUGACGAUAGUCGUAUACGAGCUGAUUCGCCUUUGGAACUUUUAUCAAAUAACCAACAAACUAAUAAUAUAUUUGAGUACAGUGAUGGUGACGUCAUUAACCACAAAGACAAACACGGCGAUAAAAUUAGAAGAGAAUCUAAAGAGAAAAAGAAGAAAAAGAAAAAGAGCAGAGAAGAUCGACAAAAUCGGAAAGAACAUCACCACCAUCAUCAUCACCACCACCAUCAUAAUAACAUUGACAAAACUGACAAAAUAGAUUACCUUUCGGAAAAGAUUGAAGAGUUGUCUCCUAAAAUGUUGUUGGAUAUUCCUUUGCCAAAUGAUAAUGAUCCGGCUCAAAACUCCAAUGAUCUCGAGUCUCCUAGUUUACCCAGACUCACAGAUAGUCCUCCAAGCCUACCAAAAUCAAGCGACAGUAAAAAAUGCCCUGAAAUAAAAAUCGAAACACUUGAAGAUUCUGUUGAUCACAGCAUCGAGAUAGACUAUGACAGCGAAAAAUCCAUAGCUGUCAAUGACAUACCAAUGCCUCCACCUUAUGAAAACGUUGUUCAAGAUAUAAGUGAAGUUCCUCUGCCUAAAGACCCAGUACCAUCAUCUGAGUUGUGCAAGGCGGAGAAAUUCUUCAGUAGAGACGUCGACAUAAGUGAAGAUGCAGUUCGAAGUAUUUCUAAUUUAGAAAAAGAAACCGAGAAGAUACUGGACAAAUGUGAUGCUCAUGCGUUAAAAGUAAGUGACAAGAAGCUGGAUGAAAAGCCAAGGGCAAUUAUUUCUCAGGAGGAGACAGAAGAUGCUGUAGCAGCACUGUUAGGUGAAAGUUUUGGUGGGAAAGAAGACAAUUUUCCAAGUUGCUACGAAGAAGUUGAAAGCAAUCCUACUCAUGAGAUUGAAAUUGAAAGUUCUGCCAUUGAAAAUGAAAAUAUUCCCGAAGAAGAUGCCGAAGAAAUGCGUCAGGCUGUACAAAACCUAAAUGCUAGUGAAAUGGAAACUAAACCCGAUACACCUGUGUCAGAUAGUGAUCUUCUCUUGAUUGACACUGACACUGAAGAAACAGAUGAAUCGGCACAAGAUGCCAUUGAUCAAUUGCCAGUGAACAUUAUUGCUACUAAUCAAGCUCUUAACAAUACUUCAGAUCAAAAUAAGCUUUCUAAUACUUCAACGACCCCAAUUACAAAGGAAAAGGUCUCCCAACAACCUUUAAAUAUGAAUGAACCAGAUCUAAAAAUUCAACUGCCAAAAAGAGAAACUGUACCUCAACCAACUUCAACAGCAACUCCUGUUAUAACUUCUUGGACUCUCACAAAUAAUAAGUUGCUUGAGCCUCAUGUGUUAAAUAUACCAUCAUGUCAGCAUUCCAAUAGAGAAAUAAAUGAAACUAAACCAACUCACAUUUCUGCUAACAUUGUUCAAAUUAAGGCUCCACAAAACCAAGGUGUGAAUGCAUCUUUGCGACCUAUUAUCACGCCAAACAGAGUAAAUGCUAAUGCACCGUACCAGGUGAUAAAUCACAUGAUUCGUCCACAACUUGCUAACCUGCAACCGCCUACUAUUAAAAUCCCACCUCAAGAACCUCAUAUUCUGUACCAAAAGCCUCCAGGAAUUGUUAUAUCACCUAGAAUGUUAAAUGAUACGAGACAAAACCCAAAAUUAAGUCCACAAGGAGAAGGUAUUCCAUCGCCUCGGCUAACUAACAUGACGAUAUUGAGCACAUCACCGCAGAAUUUGAAUACUGUAGGUUUAGCGUCGCCAAAUGCUAUACAACAAAGAUCUCCCGGACAAGUAACUGUAGUGCGUAUGCAACAACCGCCAUUGAGCCCUAUUCAAGCUAUGCAUAUUCCACACGGUGCCCGAACUAUGGUUUCACCAAACAGGCCUAAUUCUGUGUUGGUGCAAACACAAGGAGCUCCAAUACACUUCAAUAGAUUACCCGUUACGCCUGUUUUCACACCAAUUUCUAAAAUAAGUGCUAAUAAUACUGUCCAAAAUAAGAGCAUUGUGGUAAGUAGUUCUUCCAUGAUCCACCAACCGAAGAUUAUAACAGGAGAGCCUAGAAAGAAUGAUCAAAGAACUAAUUCUGAAAAUGAAAAUUCAAAAAUUAUAUUGUCGCCAUCACCAUUACAGCACAGUACAAAUCCAACAGUAAUGGCACAAAACCGAUUAAUAUCCAUGCAAAAUACAAUGCACGCAGGUAAUGUAAACUCAACUUUACAUUUACCUAAUAAAGUACUUAUAAACAACGUGAAUCACUUGCCUGAUAAAAGAGACGGCCUUCUACACAAAUCGGAGCAGCACAGUCACUUACCGUUCACAUCAACACCAAUUAUACAUAUGGCGGGAGCAAACCAUUCAAGUGCUUCGAUUAUACAAAGUGGUUCUAAACCAGCAGCUGCGCAGGAAGCCAGCUCGAUCAAUAGAAGUCAGAGUUCAAAUGUGAUACAUACGAUAAAUUCUCAAAGGCUAUUAACAACGGUACCCAUCUCAAAUGUAAUACAAAUCGACGCCAACAAACCUCCACCUUCUGUUUUGUCGAUGGCAAAUAUCAGACCUUCAACAGUUCUAACUAAAUUGGAAUCAUGUAAAUCGUCUGCGAUUACGACGCCUAGUUUAAAAAAUGUAGUUAUGACACCGUUACUGUUGAAAACUACUAGUUCCCCUAGCACUAUAAGAUUGACUUCUAAAAAUGAUGCUGAGCAGCAUGCUGAAAGUAAUUCGGUUAAGUUACAAAAUCAUUUACACACUGAAGAACAGUCUGAUCAGAAAAUAGAACCCUUAAAAUUGCCAAAUACAUUGUACGAUCAGACAAAAAAACAGACGGAAAUCUGUUUGAAACCAUCUUCAUCACCCCAAGACAGUUUAGAAAAGUGUGAAACUGAUUUCGAAGAGCUUUUAAAGGACAAAACUAAUGAGAUAAAAAUUACUAACAAUCCUGAAAAGAAACUGGAAGUAAAUGUGGGAAAAACAGUAACACUGUUUUCUACAAAUAUCCAGCGCCGAGAGAGAAAAUCGAGCAAUGAAAAUCUGAAGAUGGAACAAAUGGAAGACAAUGCAUCAUCUAGUAUUGCUGAAAAUCCAACUACAGCCUCUGACGUCAAAGAAAAGGACUUUUUAAUCCAGACACAAAGUGAGGAUAACGUUUCAAAAUGUUACGAUAGCAACAUUACAAAAAUUAACUCAGAAAAAGUAAAAAAUAGUGUCCCGUUAGAUAAAGAGGCUCGAGAUUCAAUUUUUGUACCUACAACUACUGAUGAAAAAUCCACCAUAGAAAGAUGUUUUAGUGACAGCGAAAAUAAUUAUGACACUGUAUCCAGACACGAUGUUAGUGACAAUCAGUUAAAAGGCCUUGACGAAAAUGACUCAUGGAGUGCUAAAGAUAUAAAUAUAGAAUCGGUGAUUAAAAAAGUAGAUUCAUUGUGUAAUGACAAUUUGGAAAGCGACAGUAAAGAAGACCUCGCGGAAAAUGUAAAUGAUACCAAUGUUGAGGGCAACUUGAAAACAUCUGAAAGCUCUAAUGCAUCAGAAACGUGUGAACCCAUGGAAAUUCAACCGGAGAACAGAAAUAUUUUUGAACUACAUGGUGAGACUUCUCCCAAUGAUAAAACUACUAUAAAUAGGAGAGGUGGUCGUAGUACAAGAGGCAAAAGAUCAGAGAAAAAUGAUAGAGUGCAAACCCGCCAAAUUUCAAAACCGUCGAGAGGCACUACAUGUGCAAAACGUGGUAGAGGAAGAGCAAAGGUUGAUAAGAAGAUUAAAAAUCUAGUAAAUCACACAGCUAACAAUUUACCUGGAGAUGUUUAUGAUUUCCACGAAGAUUCUGGAGAUGAAACUUCAACUUCACCUAAUAAGACAGAGCCUAGACCGCGACUAAUCUUAACUAUAAAAAGUCCCCUUUCUGGACAAUCCAAUGUAGUUGCAACAUCUAGUCUCAGUAUAACAACCCCAAAAGAACAAUUAAAGAACCCUGAUAAAAUUUCUAAAGAUGAGAAAGCUGAAGAUUUUUUGUCUCCGUCAGCGAACACCAGAAAAUCUAGGCGUCUACAAGAAAAAGAUGUACAGCGCAACACUGUUGAUGAUGUCAUAGAAGAUGUGGUUAAAGGUGGCACCGGCCAACCAAAAGUAGGAAAAGAUAAUAAGAAAAGACAAACGCGGCAAACUGGACCCAAGACAAUCCAAGAGAAAGCAGCUGGAUCUGAUACUCGGAAAUCACCCCGUGGAGUCAAGCGUAGCAGGGAUAGGAGUCUUUCAGACGCAUCGAUCGACAGCAGUGACGAAAAAAUGACAAAACGCGACGAUGCUCCAAAAGAAGUGAAAAUACCUAAAAUAGCAGAAUCACCCGCCGUAUCAAAAAUUGAACCGGAUCCACCUCAAUCGGCGAAAACCAUCACUCCUCUCCAACCAACCAAUCCACCUGCAAAUCCCGUUCCGACACCAAUCAUAAAACCGCCUAAGAAAAUGAUAUCCGAAAUCAGCGCAAAACUCGCGAGUGCCUUUGAGGCGGCCGCUGCUGCAACCCCAAUGAUGCGCAUGCAAGUGUGUACCGAGCGUAUACCAAUAGAACUUGAAAAACCAGCUCAAGUGUCGCUGCGGGAGCCGAGAAGCGCUGAGAUUGCCACCGCAAUGCCGGCACUAUCGGAGCCUGUAGCCGCUUCAACCGGAAACGUUCGAGUUCUGCCCUGCGGCGGGCGCAGCGCGGAAGCAGGUGCGUCACAAGCUUGCGGCGCCAGUGGCAACGCGUACGCGGCCAGCAGCGGCAGCGAGGCGGCACUUGCUCGGCGCGCAGAGGCUACAGGCGGCGGCGCCGCGCCUGUGGGCGCCACCGAAGCUAGCGAUGCGAGAGUGCAGUCACCAGCUCUACCCCACCGCCCUCCGUCCGCGCACCGUCUCGCCGACCGUGCCACGCCGCUACUGAUCAGGGGUGGAGACGGCGAGGGCCUCGGCAAUGCCGCAGGCGUCAGUGCCGCGAGCGGCGCCGGCCCUCGACUGGCGCGUGGCUACGUGGACGGCGCUAGUCUGCCACGCGGCGCGCAUCACCCCGCAGCGCCGCCUGCGCCGCCGCUACACGCGCACCUGCCGCACCACGCGCACGUUGCCAAGCAGGUGGCCGUCGUCGGUCCGCAUCACCACCAUCACCCUGGAGCCGCGUCCCGAGUUACCAUCACGAGUGUUCCAACUGUUAGUCCCCAGGGUCAAAUGGCAUUAUCUGCCGAAUUAGUUAGAAGUCCACCGCCUGCACAUCAGCAGACCUCUCCUGUCACUUCGGUAUACCAUAAUGGCGAAGGGAUGUAUCAUCACUUUUCCCAUCAACACUUCCAAAUGUACCAGCAGCACUUUCGCGCGACUCAGCAUGAGAAUCGCUCUACCGCGUCACCCUACUCUCGGACUUUGGAGGCGGAAGGCUGCGAGGCACCGACGCCGCCAUUGGAACUGCGGCGGCCGCCUUCGGCGCGCGUGCCGCGGCCCGCGCACUCGCCCGCGCCCGCUCCCGCACCGAACCCUGCCGAUCGCCUCAUUAUGUACGCAGCGGGUUGUGGGCGAUCUCCGCCGCCGGCGCACGGCACGUCACGUAUGCCGUCCGCGCUGCCGCCAUCUGCAGCUCCCGGGCCGCCGCAUGCCUCGCAAGUCCCACGCGAGGCCGACUCUCUCCAAAUGUUACUAAGACGUUACCCGGUAAUGUGGCAAGGGCUGCUGGCGCUGAAGAACGACUCUGCUGCGGUGCAGAUGCAUUUUGUGGGCGGUAACCCCGCGGUGGCUGGCGACACGCUGCCGCGCUACACGGACGGCUCCACACCGCCGCUUCGCAUAGCGCAGCGCAUGCGCCUCGAGCCCGCACAGCUCGACCAGGUGCAUCGCAAGAUGAAGUUGGAGAACGAGCAUUGUAUGCUGUUGGCGUUGCCAUGUGGUCGCGACCACAUGGACGUGCUACAGCAAUCCACGAACCUGACCGCCGGUUUCAUCACAUACCUCCAGCGCAAGCAGGCCGCCGGCAUCGUCAACGUCGCUCCGCCGGGCCACCAUCAAGCUAUGUACACGGUGCACAUCUUCCCGUCGUGUGACUUCGCCAACGAGAACCUGAACCGCAUAGCACCCGACCUCAUGCACCGCGUUGCCGACAUCGCGCAUCUACUCAUUGUCAUCGCCACUGUGUGAGCAAUCACCGUGGCCCCUCUUCGGACUAACCGUCACCAGUCGGUGUAGCGCGCGAAGUUACCGCCGCUCCCAUGAGUGCACCCCGAAUACAAAACUACUCUUUUCCCGGAUUAUGCGUUUUGAUAUCGUAAAUGUGACCUAUUCUCCACCCGGACUGGACUUGGAAUCACCGGUAUGGAUAUUUAGAUAAUUAGUGUAAGGCAUUGUAAAUAUGGCCAGGUUGUGAAAUUUUGUCGAUUUUUAUUUCUCUUACCUGUUGGUUGACCUGGUAAACGGGAUUGUGAAAGUGAUUCGAUCCUCAACAGAGCGACGAACCGAUCGUAGGAAUUGAGACGGAAUACCUCUACGAAGAUGAACUGUCGUUUUAGUGACGUAAAGUUAGUUUAUUUAUUGUUUUCACGCGGGCGGCGGGCGGGCGACUGCGACGCCCGACUGCCGCGCCGCGCUUGUAUAAAGUCUCGUGUAAGUAGAUAAGCCGCCGUCACCUAUUUAAGUGUUAGUGUAAGUCAUAGCUUAUGUAAAAUACUUUUGUUAUCGUCGACUGGGUUCGACGUUAUUCGGAGUUUAAAUUUAUAAAAAAAUAUUAAUAAAUGGCAAAGUCAGUUGAUAAAAUUAUAUUUAAUUUUGGGUUCCGAUUAGAUGAGUGGCAAUCUAUCGAGCAUUUUUUAUUGUUAGUGUAAAUUGUUAUUUUGUUUUAAGCGACUAGGUCUAAAGUAAUUUAAAUCUGUACAUACGAUCUAUCCAUACUAAAAUUUGAUUUAUUCGCAUAGAUCAUUACGGUAGGUAAUGGAAACUCAUGUCUACUGGGUCGAAAGGUAACAGUUUUGUAAUCUAUAGUUGAAAAUGAAACGUGCGAAACGAGUAAGAGAUAAAUACACAUGGAAAAUAAACUGUGAUUCUGACUUUUUAACGUAGACUAGGUAGUCUUAUGGAACGAUGAGCAUUGUGUAACGUCACCGCCAUCCUUCACCUUAUCUCACUGGCUGCGAGUAUGAGUGCUAACUGCAUCUACUGCUCGACUCAAAUAUAAUCAUACGAGUAUUUAACUAAUAAAUCUGACGUUGUAGUCUUCAGAUUUGACUGACGACUUAGUUAAUGCUCAUAUAUUUUAGUCGACCAGUACUAUUUAUUAUUAACUGUCGAUAAAACGUGUCAUGGUCAGUUCUGACAAGAUAACACGGCAACCCGACAAAUAUUGAACUAGAUUGUUGUGCUACACGAAUAAUAACCUUUUAUGUUGUAUCUCCCAGAGAGCGUUCUUGGUACGUUAGCACACAUUCCAGCUUGUGCGGCACAUGAGUUUAGUGUACUUGGGUGACACUUUCCAUUUUUGUACCACCCAUUUUAAGGCCCAUUUAUGGGAAGUCGUGCUGCUGAAAUCUGCGAUAUCAAUCUGUUAAUUUGUGCACAUAUUGAAGCGUUACGAUAUCUCAUCCUUUUGUUGUAUGUAAUCUGGCAAAUGUCUGUUCUAACAUAGCCAUUAAUAUCAGGUGUGCGCUAUUGGUGUGUUUCUUAUCUUAUAUUACAGGUUCUUAAUUAUUUUUAAAGUCCCUGCACGACAUACUUUAUUUUAAAUCAUGUUUUUUUUAAGUAUAUAUUUGUCUAGCUUGCAAAUUUCAUACUUUAGAUGAUAUGAAAUACACUGCUUAUUGGCGUGUACACUGCAACAAUCACCGCCUGAUCAAUAAAUAAGCUUGUAGUCACUCAUCCUCGUGCAUCGCGUCCGUCUACGUUAUCUGUUUAAAUACGAUAAAGCUAAUACUACAUACACGUCCCAUCAAAAAUGCUCAAUUAGAUAACUUCAGUGUCUCUAUUUUUUCAGUAACUAAUAAUUACAGCUGUAAUAUUGUACUUCUCAUAAUAUUUAAUUGUCUGCAUCGAGUUACUUAACAUGUAUCACCCC